AUGGGGAUUCUUUUGCCUCUCUGCAGCUGGGACGACAGCAGUUCCGUCAGCAGUGGUAUCAGUGAUACCAUAGAUAACCUCAGCACUGAUGACAUUAAUACAAGCUCCUCCAUCAGCUCUUACGCCAACACCCCUGCAUCCUCACGGAAGAACCUAGAAUCCCAGACUGACGCUGAAAAGCAUUCCCAAGUGGAGCGGAAUUCUUUGUGGUCUGGUGAUGAAAUAAAAAAAUCAGAUGGAGGCUCAGACAGUGGUGUAAAAAUGGAGUCUGGAUCUAAAUGGAGAAGGAAUCCCUCUGAUGUGUCUGAUGAAUCUGAUAAAAGCACUUCUGGAAGGAAGAACAUCGUCAUUUCACAGACGGGAUCCUGGAGACGGGGCAUGUCAGCUCAAGUUGGUAUUACCACACCGAGGAUGAAAACGGCAGCCACCUCAGGAACUUUGAAGACACCUGGAACAGGGAAAACUGAUGAUGCCAAGGUUUCAGAAAAGGGCAGAAUUUCUCCCAAAUCUGGAAACAUUAAACGUUCCCCUUCAGAUGCUGGGCGAAGCAGUGGGGAUGAAUCAAAAAAGCCUUCCGCAAAUAACUGUAGAACGGCUAGUACUAAUACAAACAUGUUUGGAUUUAAAAAGCAGAGUGGGUCAGCUGUAGGUGUGACCAUGAUUACAGCUAGUGGAGCAACUAUUACUAGUAGAGCUGCUACUCUGGGUAAAAUCCCCAAGUCAUCUGGACUCAUGGGUAGGUCCACUGGCCGGAAGACUAGUGUUGAUGGCUCACAAAAUCAGGAUGAUGGCUAUUUAGCCAUUUCUACCCGAACCAAUCUUCAGUAUCGGAGUCUACCCCGCCCCAGCAAAUCCAGCAGCAGAAGUGGAGCUGGCAAUAGAUCUAGCACUAGCAGCAUAGACUCCAACAUAAGCAGCAAGUCUGCAGGCUUGCCUGUUCCUAAAAUAAGAGAACCAACAAAAGUUGUCCUUGGGAACUCUCUGCCAGGCUUAAUAAACCAGACUGAUAAAGAGAAAGGGAUCUCCUCAGAUAAUGAAAGUGUGGUCUCUUGUAACUCUGUUAAAGCAAACCCAUCACCUCAGACAACGUCCAGUGCAUCCCAGAACACUCACCAGCAAGGAGUAAAGUACCCAGAUGUGGCCUCUCCUACACUGCGCAGACUUUUUGGUGGAAAGCCAAAUAAACAACCUCCCAUAACAACAGCAGAAAGCAUGAAAAAUUCAGUAGUCAUCUCCAACCCACAUGCAACCAUGAACCAACAAGGAAAUCCAGAAUCUCCUUCUGGCAGUGGCAUAUUGAGCAGUGGUGGUAGUAGCCCUCUUUAUUGUAAAAAUGCAGACACAAAUCAGUCUCCAUUAGCAUCUAGUCCCAGUUCAGCUCACUCGGCUCCCUCCAACAGCUUGACCUGGGGUACCAACCCCAGUAGUUCAUCUGCUGUAAGCAAGGAUGGGAUUGGAUACCAGUCUGUCAGCAGCCUGCACACCAGUUGUGAAUCCAUUGAUAUUUCUCUCAGCAGUGGAAGUGGGCUGAACCACAAUUCUUCCAGUGGCUUGAUUGCGGCUUCUAAGGAUGACUCAGUGCCUUCCUUUGUUAGAACCAACAGCAUUAAAACAAACUUGUCAGAAAGCCCUCUCUCUUCCCCUGCUGCUAGUCCCAAAUUCUGCAGAAAUACUUUACCCAGGAGGCAGGACAGCGACCCACAUCUUGAUAGGAACACUUUGCCUAAGAAAGGAUUCAGGUACACACCAUCAUCACAACUUCGCAAUCAAGAGGAAGCAAAAGAAUGGCUGCGUUCGCAUUCUGCAGGAGGUCUUCAGGACAAUGUUGUCAAUUCUCCAUUUUCUUCUGGUUCCAGCAUCACAUCACCAUCUGGGACUAGAUUUAACUUCUCUCAGCUUGCGAGCCCCACCACAGCUGCCCAAAUGAGCUUAUCCAACCCAACCAUGCUCCGGACACACAGUCUUUCUAACGCAGAUGGCCCUUAUGAUCCUUACAAUGACACCCGGUUCCGGAACAGCUCAAUGUCACUGGAUGAAAAGAGCAGGACAAUGAGCCGUUCUGGGUCAUUCCGGGAUGGCUUUGAAGAGGUGCAUGGUUCAUCUCUAUCUUUGGUGUCAAGCACAUCGUCUAUUUACUCAACGCCUGAAGAAAAAUGUCAGUCAGAGAUUCGCAAGCUAAGGAGGGAAUUGGAUGCAUCCCAGGAGAAAGUUUCAGCUCUGACAACCCAGUUGACUGCCAACGCUCACCUUGUGGCAGCAUUUGAGCAGAGCCUAGGAAACAUGACCAUUAGACUGCAAAGUCUCACCAUGACUGCAGAACAGAAGGAUUCUGAAUUGAAUGAGUUAAGGAAAACAAUUGAAUUACUGAAAAAACAAAAUGCUGCUGCUCAGGCUGCCAUUAAUGGAGUAAUUAACACACCUGAGCUCACCUGCAAAGGAAGUGGUGGAAGUACCCAGACCACUGACUUGCGGAUCAGAAGACAACAUUCUUCAGACAGCGUCUCUAGCAUUAACAGUGCUACUAGUCAUUCCAGUGUGGGAAGCAAUAUAGAGUGUGAUUCUAAGAAAAAGAAGAGAAAAAACUGGCUACGCAGUUCUUUCAAGCAAGCUUUUGGAAAAAAGAAGUCCCCCAAAUCAGCAUCUUCUCACUCCGACAUUGAGGAGAUGACAGAUUGCUCAUUGCCUUCUUCACCGAAAUUGCCACACAAUGGUACAGUGGUAUCUACGCCAUUACUCAGAACUUCACAUUCCAAUUCCCUAAUUUCAGAAUGCAUUGACAGUGAAGCUGAAACAGUUAUGCAGCUGCGAAAUGAGCUGAGAGACAAAGAGAUGAAGUUGACUGAUAUCCGUUUAGAGGCCCUCAGUUCUGCUCAUCAACUGGAUCAGCUCCGGGAAGCUAUGAACAGGAUGCAGAGUGAGAUUGAGAAAUUGAAAGCCGAAAAUGACCGCUUGAAAUCUGAAAACCAAGGCACCUGUAGUAGAGCCCAAUCUCAAGUUUUCAUUUCAUCGUCUCCAAGGCAAUCUAUGGGUCUGUCACAGCACAGUCUGAACCUCACAGAGUCAGCUAGUCUUGAUAUGUUGCUGGAUGACUCCAGUGAUGGUUCUUCUCGGAAAGAAGGUGGCAGGCAUGUUAAAAUAGUUGUCAGCUUUCAAGAGGAAGAGAAAUGGAAAGAAGAUUCUAGGCCUCGCUUAUUCCUAAUUGGCUGCAUAGGAGUCAGUGGAAAAACCAAAUGGGAUGUUCUUGAUGGCGUUGUUAGAAGACUAUUUAAGGAAUACAUCAUUCAUGUUGAUCCUGUGAGUCAACUUGGGUUGAAUUCGGACAGUGUCCUGGGAUACAGCAUUGGGGAAAUUGUUCGCACAAAUAGCACAGAAACGCCUGAGCUGCUACCCUGUGGCUAUCUGGUUGGUGAAAACAACACCAUCUCUGUGAAAAUCAAAGGUCUUGUAGAGAAUAGUUUGGAUGGUCUGGUAUUUGAGUCUCUAAUUCCAAAGCCAAUUCUACAGCGUUACGUGUCACUCUUGAUAGAGCAUCGGAGAAUCAUUUUGUCUGGUCCAAGCGGCACUGGAAAGACCUACUUAGCCAAUCGCCUGUCUGAGUAUAUGGUGCUUAGAGAGGGCAGGGAGCUGGCUGAUGGUGCUAUUGCAACCUUUAAUGUGGAUCACAAGUCCAGUAAG